GUUUUGAAAAUAAUUUAGGAGUUGCAGUUUUACUGGGCAACAUAAUUUAGGGGCUGGAAAUUUGAUUUCUCAGAGUUCUCGGACAACAGGGAGAUGGCGGGUUUUGAAUCCCCCAGUGGAAGGAGCUGUAGCCACUGCUGCUACUGUUUUGUGUUGGUGCUGCUACUUCUGAUUCCAGGCGCGAAGGGGUCAGGAGAAGGGGUGAUCAAGGUCAAUUACAAGUUCUCCGGUUCGGAACGGACUCUAAUCGCCCUAAGCGCCCAUGACAACAUGCGCCACCUCCGAUUUCUCUCCGGCGUUGACCUGCCAAUCGGUGGCACCGGCCGCCCCGAUUCUGUCGGGCUUUACUAUGCCAAGAUUGGAAUUGGAACACCAGCAUUGGAUUAUUAUGUGCAAGUAGAUACAGGGAGUGAUAUUAUGUGGGUCAAUUGUAUUGGAUGCACAGAGUGCCCCAGAAGAGGUUACCAUGGAAUGGAGCUGAGUUUCUAUAAUCCAAAGGAAUCUGUUACUGGAGAUUUAGUUUUGUGCAAUCAGAAAUUUUGUAAGGACAUCAUAAGAGGCACAUCAGCAAGUUGCUAUGCCAAUACUUCUUGCUAUUACACUGAAGUUUAUGGAGAUGGAAGUUACAGCAUGGGCUACUUCGUAAAGGAUAUUGUACAGUAUGAUCAAGUGUCAGGUGAUCUCCAGACCAGAUCAUCAAACGGAAGUGUUAUUUUUGGAUGUGGCGCAACCGAGUCUGAUGACCUGAGCUCCUCAGAUGAUGCACUUGAUGGGGUCAUCGGAUUCGGGAAAUCUAAGUCAUCCAUGAUUUCACAGUUGGCCUCUUCGGGUAGAGUUAAAAAAAUGUUUGCACAUUGCCUAGAUGGUGUGAAUGGAGGAGGUAUUUUUGCCAUUGGUCAUGUUGUUGAACCAAAAGUAACUAUGACACCCUUGAUACCGAAUCAGUCACAUUACAAUGUCAACAUGACAGCAAUUAAAGUUGGUCAUGAAUAUCUUAACCUCUCAACAUAUCUAUACAUGCACGGGGACAAUCAGGGAGCAAUAAUUGAUAGUGGAACUACUUUGGCAUAUCUUCCAGAAGUCAUUUAUAACCAACUAGUGAAAAAGAUACUCUCCCGGCAGCCUGAUUUGAAAUUACGCAGUGUUAAUGAUGAAUAUACGUGCUUUAAGUACUCUGAAAGUGUUGAUGAUGGAUUCCCUCCGGUCACAAUAUAUUUUCAAAAUUCACUCACUUUAAAAGUUAGUCCUCAAGAAUACCUAUUUCCAUAUGAAAAUUUAUUUUGCAUUGGAUGGCAAAACAGUGGAAUACAAUCUCAUGACAGAAGGAAUAUCACACUUCUAGGAGCAACAGUCAGUCCAUGCAAUUUUGGACGGGAUUUUCACUAUGGGUCAUUCGGAAACAAUCUCUUUGUGCUUUAGUACAGGGACUUGGUACUUUCAAAUAAGCUUGUCCUCUAUGAUCUUGAAAGUCAGACCAUUGGAUGGACAGAAUAUAAUUGCUCAUCGAGCAUUGAAUUGAAGGAUGAGAUAACCGGAUCUGUGCAUUUAGUUGGUGCUCAUUCUAUAUCAUGUGGUUGUGGUCUAAGUUUAAAUGUGCUCUAUGUCUUAUGUCUGUUAAUCUCAUUUUUAGUGCAAACAAGUAUCUUCUGAACUGACACAACUGCACAAGUAAUAUUCAUUCUUAAGUUCUAUAAAAAGGAACUUUGCAAAGAAUUCAUACAAUAGCAAUAUAUUUUGGCUCUAAAAGCGGGCUUGCAUAUACUUGUAGCCAGAAGAUAGGUAUUAACUCUAGCAAACUAUCAAUAUGUAGUCCCCAUUUUUAAUUUUGUCAUGUAAAUGGAGUUUUGUAAAUAUAUCAGAAUUAAUAAUAAUAAUAAAGCCUACUUUGUAGCUUUUCCA